AUGAAUCUCUUCAGGCUGUUCGGGGACAUGUCCCACUUAGCGUCCAUCUUCAUUCUGCUGCAGAAGAUUCAGACGUCACGGUCAUGUCGAGGAAUUUCGUUCAAGACGCAGGUUCUCUACGUUGUUGUAUUCGUCUCUCGCUACCUUGACCUGUUCUACGAAUGGGUGUCCGUGUAUAACUUUUUCAUGAAGGUCUUCUUCAUCGCGAGCAGUUGUUAUGUGCUGUACCUCAUGAAAGUGAAGUUCCGACCAACAAACGACCCGUCAAUUGACACGUUCCGAGUCGAGUACCUCGUGGGGCCGUGUGUAAUCCUUGCCUUGAUUUUCCACUACCACUUCACCAUCCCCGAAGUCCUAUGGUCCUUCUCCAUCUUCCUCGAGUCCGUGGCAAUCCUUCCGCAAUUAUUUAUGCUGCAGCGUACUGGCGAGGCGGAAACGAUCACGACACAUUAUUUGGCCGCGCUGGGCGCGUAUAGAGCACUAUACAUACCUAAUUGGAUCUAUAGAUACUUCACGGAAGAUUUGGUCGACCCGAUUGCUGUCACGGCAGGCCUUGUACAGACCGGUCUCUACCUCGACUUCUUCUAUGUCUACGUCACCAAAGUACUGCAAGGACAGAAGUUCGAGUUACCUGCAUGA